AUUCUCACAUAUAUCUCUAUACAAGGCCUUUCUCCAAUCUACCUAAGUGAUUUGAUAGAAACUAAAAAAGGUCUGUGUACACGUUCAACAACUAGAAAAGAUCUUGUUGUGCCUAAAACUUUGCGAGCUUACCCUGGUGAUCGUGCUUUUUCAGUUGCAGCACCUGUGCUAUGGAACAACCUACCAAAACAUGUCUUAAGACACACUUAUUUACUUGUGAAUACCAGAAUAUGGCGACUAUGA